AUGUCUGACGAAGUUUAUGAGGGUGCCAUUGGCAUUGACUUGGGCACGACCUACUCGUGUGUUGCCAACUAUGAGGGCACCAACGUCGAAAUCAUUGCCAAUGAGCAGGGUAGCUACACCACCCCGUCUUUCGUCUCUUUCACCGAGAAGGAGCGUUUGAUCGGUGAGGCCGCGAAGAACCAGGCCGCUAUGAACCCGAAGAACACCGUCUUCGAUAUCAAGCGUCUGAUCGGUCGCCGUUUCGAUGACCCCAUUGUCAAGAAGGAUGUCGAGUCCUGGCCCUUCAAGGUCGUCGACCAGGGUGGUAACCCCUUCGUCGAGGUUGACUACCUGGGUGAGGUCAAGACUUUCUCUCCCCAGGAGAUCUCCUCCAUGGUCCUGAUGAAGAUGAAAGAAGUUGCCGAGACCAAGCUUGGCAAGAAGGUUGAGAAGGCCGUCAUCACUGUGCCUGCCUACUUCAACGACAACCAGCGUCAGGCUACCAAGGACGCCGGUGCCAUUGCUGGCCUGAACGUCCUCCGUAUCAUCAACGAGCCCACUGCUGCCGCCAUCGCUUACGGUCUCGGCUCUGGUAAGUCGGACAAGGAGCGCAACGUCCUGAUCUACGAUCUUGGUGGUGGUACUUUCGAUGUGUCUCUGCUGAACAUCCAGGGUGGUGUCUUCACCGUCAAGGCUACUGCUGGUGACACUCACCUUGGUGGUCAGGACUUUGACACCAACCUUCUUGACCACUUCAAGAAGGAAUUCCAGCGCAAGACCGGCAAGGAUCUGUCUGGCGACUCCCGCGCUCUCCGCCGUCUUAGAACUGCUUGUGAGCGUGCUAAGCGUACUCUGUCCAACGCUACUCAGACCACCGUUGAGAUUGACUCUCUCUUCGAUGGUGAGGACUUCAACUCUUCCAUCACCCGUGCUCGUUUCGAGGACCUGAACGCCAAGUCUUUCAGCGGUACUCUGGAGCCCGUCCAGCAGGUUCUCAAGGACUCUGGAAUGGAGAAGAGCAAGGUUGACGAGAUCGUCCUUGUUGGUGGUUCCACCCGUAUCCCCCGCAUUCAGAAGCUCCUGAGCGAUUUCUUCGACGGCAAGAAGCUCGAGAAGAGCAUCAACCCCGAUGAGGCUGUUGCCUACGGUGCUGCCGUCCAGGCCGGUAUCCUGUCUGGAAAGGCCACCUCCGCUGAGACCCAGGACCUGCUUCUGCUUGAUGUUGUUCCUCUUUCGCUUGGUGUUGCCAUGGAGGGCAACAUCUUCGCUCCCGUCGUUCCCCGUGGCCAGACCGUCCCUACCAUCAAGAAGCGUACCUUCACCACUGUUGUGGACAACCAGACUACUGUCCAGUUCCCUGUCUACCAGGGUGAGCGUACCAACUGCGCUGAUAACACCUCUCUCGGAGAGUUCACCCUGGCUCCCAUCCCCCCCAUGAGAGCCGGUGAGGCUGCUCUGGAGUGUGUGUUCGAGGUCGACGUGAACGGUAUCCUGAAGGUCACCGCCACUGAGAAGUCCUCCGGCCGUAGCGCCAACAUCACUAUCUCCAACGCCGUUGGUAAGCUCUCGACCACGGAAAUCGAGCAGAUGAUCAACGAUGCUGCCAAGUUCAAGUCCAGCGAUGAGGCCUUCACCAAGAAGUUCGAGGCUCGUCAGCAGCUUGAAUCCUACAUCUCCCGUGUUGAGGAGAUCAUUUCCGACCCCACCAUGUCCCUGAAGCUGAAGCGUGGCAACAAGGAGAAGAUUGAGUCCGCUCUGAGCGACGCUAUGGCCCAGCUCGAGAUCGAGGACUCUACCCCCGAGGAUCUUAAGAAGAAGGAGCUUGCUCUGAAGAGACUGAUCACCAAGGCCCAGUCUACUCGGUAA